AUCGAACAGAGACUCCGCAAAGAUCUGCCAAAGCAUUAUUAUUGUUCAAGCAGGACCACCUGUUGCAGAAAAAUAGCGACAAAGUGUUUGGUGUGUUUGCAGCUAGUGUCCUCUUAAUUACUGCAAUAGCUUUUUCCUGCUAUAUAAUGGCCAUAGUCAAUCUAAUUUACAGAUCCAUCUUAAUCUUCAUAGCUGAGAAUCCGACUUCAGCAUAUUGAUCAAUUAUUGGGGUUUCAGUAGUUGAUCGUACUCUUGAAGUUCCAACAUGUUCCAAUAUGUUCGAUGUUACAUAAUUCUGGUGUGGUGUAGUUUCAGCAUGUUGAAUGUUUUAUUUACCUCUUGGAAUCAUUAUGAUGGUACGACGUAAAGAAUCAAGUUGUGAUUGCUCUGCCCCCCAUCCAGGCAAUAUUUACUCACAGGUGACUGUUGUCCCACCGAAGACUGGACAUUUUGUUGGUGGGCAACUUUUGUCCGAACUCGAAGGGUGGUGGGUCCAUUGCCAUCAAAUGUUGCCGUCUCUCAAGUUCUCAUCCUACUUGUGGGGUUCACUGUAACCCAUACUGUUGCAGGUCUGACUUGGUAUAGCCGAGUCCCACUCGCCAAUAGCUUUUAACCAAAUGACUAGGUACUCAUUCUAUCUCUCUCUCUCUCACCUCAUUUGGUAUACUCGCUGUUGUUUAAGGAACAUGGUGAAAUUGAAGAAUAAUGGAAAGUUAUAUAUUGAGUGCUGCUACAAACCUUCAAGGGCUUCAGGUACUUGAAAAGCUAACUGUAGAGUUUGCUGGCCACAACUGAAGGUUUCUAAUGGCCACCUCAGGAGAAGCCUCUUUGAGAUGCACAGCAUGUGUUUGUUGGAAAGUUCAGCAACUGUUGCCCCUCAGAAAAGGCAUUUUGGCCGUGUAGAUGUCAUCAUCUUUUGAGUGCUGCUACAAACCUUCAAGGGCUUCAGGUACUUGAAAAGCUAACUGUAGAGUUUGCUGGCCACAACUGAAGGUUUCUAAUGGCCACCUCAGGAGAAGCCUCUUUGAGAUGCACAGCAUGUGUUUGUUGGAAAGUUCAGCAACUGUUGCCCCUCAGAAAAGGCAUUUUGGCCGUGUAGAUGUCAUCAUCUUUUGACACGAUUGUCCAACCCAUGAGUGACCCCUUUGGCAUUUUAGGAAGCGGCUUGCUCUUCUGUCGCUCGCUUGCCUUAAAAACUGAUAAGAGAGCGUGCCGACUCCCAUCCCAACAAGACUUGGAAGCUGAAAGCUGAAGAAGAAGAAGAAGAUGGAAACUCCUCCGUCAGAGCUGCUGCCGCCGCAACCUGGUGUCGAUCUCUCCCUCACCUUGGCUCAGUCUUCGACCAGCGGCGCUGACAGUGGCAGUGGCAGUGGCCAUGACCGUGACGCAAGGGACGUCAGGCUCUUCCCUUGCCUCUUCUGCAACAAGAAGUUCCUCAAGUCCCAGGCUCUUGGCGGCCACCAGAACGCCCACAAGAAAGAGCGAAGCGUGGGGUGGAGUUCACACCUCUACCUCCCACCCCCUGCCACCGUCGCCGUCCCUCCUCACCACCUGAACCCCUAUUCCUUCCCCAUCGCCUCCCACUCGUGCAAGCCUGCUGCCUGCACCAGCCACGGCCUGUCUGACGGCUAUGGUGCCCCCCGCUUGGUGGCCGACCGCGGUGGCCUCGCGUUCCCACCGCCACCGAUGAGCUGCUCCGCCUGGUGCAACGAGACCAUCGACCUCCUGAAUUGGCAGCGGGCUUCCCACCCCCACCGGCCAUCAUCACCACACCUCCCUUCUCCUCCUCCUCCUACUCCUCCCGUUUCAUCCCAUGGUGACGACAAGGCCAUGCUCGAUCUCUCCCUAAAGCUCUAAUCCUUAAGGACAGUGUUUGCUGCAGUACGAAGUCAGUAGCCGAUUACUACUUGUUUUCUGCUCCGUGUCGUCUUCCGUAAGUGGCUCUGCUGCAGCCAUGGAAAGAAGUCUGUGCAUGAUACGUCCAUAAGCUUCUUCUGUGCAUGGUGGGUGGUGGGACGUCGACACAACGUGGAGGUCACAUCAUGUUCCCUUCCACUCAAGUUAUUCAUCACCUUUGUUUGAAAAGUUAAGCCCAUCAAUCAACCUGCGUUUGGGCCAUCCUGCGUCUUUUCAAGAGCAUGAUGGAGCUGAGGACAUGAUUGGGAUCCCCUCUCUUUCUCUCUCUCUCUCUCCCUCCCUCGAUGGACGUGCAGAUUGGGCGCCCUGCCAUGGCCGUGUGGUGUGGGAUUAGCACAUUACCGAGUGUUUUGAUGUAACACCGAGUGAUUGAUUUGAGGUCUCAAACAGUGUGAUGCAUCAUGCCUAACACGGUUGAUUGCCAUUCCAAACU